AAGGUUAUACCUGUCCUAGAACCCCAAAUUUGCAAACCACAAUUAUUGACCCACCACGGAUCACCUGAAAAAGAACAUCCCUUGUGGAUUCAUCACCUCUAUCGGCCUUUGAUCCUACUGCGGUGGCGGUUUCUCCUGUUUUGCCUGUAGUACCCCAAUUAAUAAAGCCAUCUUUGAAAUACCAAAUGGAGUUUGUUCGGGGGAAUUAACAAGGAAGAUUGCCCUUCCCCAUUAGCUCGUUUUUUCCUUUUUCAUGGUCUUUUCAAUUCCAAAAUGGAAGUCUUCCCAGGAAAGCCAGGACACUGGGCGGCCUAUUCCCGAUCCAAGAAGUGGAGGGAAGCCAUGACCUGCUAAUUGUUGGGGGGACUUUGGAUUACGCCAAACGGGGGGGUCGGAUGACAUUCAGGGGGAGGAGGGAAAAAACUACUCAAACGUGUUAGGACUUCACAAUUCGAGGUUUCCAGGUCCGUGGCUUUAUUAUUAUUAUUUUUUACACGACUGUGGUCCCUAAAAAAGGAAACUUUUAAAACUUUUUAUUGUUUCAUUUUGUGGUACUGUAUGUUCACCUUUUUUUUAAAAUUAUAUCUUCUGUACAGGGUUUGGAUUGCUAUGUUUAGAACUUUUUGAUACCAAACUGAAAUUACCCAAUACACUAUAUACACCGAAUAAUUAUAUGCGUAUCCUAUUUGUUUUGAGCGAUAUCGAAAAACGGAUGCGCGACGUUUACAUAAAACUGUGAUAAGAACGACCAGCGCUAAGAGGGCAUUGAGGGCCACGGGAACGUGUCUACUUUUCGUUUUACCGCAUGUUAUGAGAAAGAGGAAUGACAUAUCUUUCCGAUUCUCGGCGUAUGUCAAAGAAUAUAUUUAUUGGGUUAUGGUACAUUGCGAUACUCAUCACGGUAGGGGUGGCAACCCGCAUACGACCUGUCAAAGACCCACUCCGAUCUGGGGAAAAAUGGGAGAGAAGGUCGGGGUAAUGUACUUUUUCGAUUUCCCAGUGGAUCUCAACGUUUCUUCCAUAUUUCUUGAACCUUUUAUGAAGUAUCUACAGCAAUCACACCCCACACCAAGCGCCGUAAAACGCCCCCGACGCGUCUCGCGAUCCCCUGGUCCGGGCGGUCAUAAUGUUUCCCCCGGGGCAUGCGCCCCUAGCCGCCGAGUGGACCGACGAGAAGAACGCGAGCGUCGACUGGGCGAGUAUCGACGAGGUCGCCGCCAACGGCUUCACCUUUUUGCAGAUCCUCUCGCUUCACCCCCGCCUGGCGGCCUUUUUUGA